AUGACCGCAACUACAGAAGCAGAGGACGUAAAGACUCCUCCCGCUCAGGCAGGGGACCUUACUGAUUCAGAAAAGACCAUCGUGGCAGAAAAGGAGGCUGCCGGACCAACAACCCCUGGAGUUGAUCCCGAUGCCGAAUAUCCCAAAGGACUGAAGCUAUUCCUCAUCAUCGGCGCCCUCCUGCUGUCUGUGUUCCUCGUCGCCUUGGACCAGACCAUCAUCGCUCCUGCGCUGGGAGCCAUCACCGAUGACUACAAGACCGUCAAAGACAUUGGGUGGUAUGGAGCCUCGUACAUGUUGACUACGACGGCUCUGCAGCCGACGUUCGGCACCAUCUACCGGCUGUUCAGCGUCAAGUUUACUUUUCUCACAGCUGUGGCAAUCUUUGAACUUGGUAGUCUGAUCACUGCUGUUGCUCCAACAUCAACGGCCUUCAUCAUCGGCAGAGCUAUUGCGGGACUUGGUACGGCAGGUCUUUUCUCAGGAUGUGUCGUCAUCUUGUCUUACACGCUCCCCCUAAGGCAACGUCCCAUGGCCUUUGGAAUGAUUGGAGGUGUAUGGGGUGUGGCUGGUGUUGCUGGCCCUCUGCUGGGAGGUGCUUUUACUGAGCACGCUACGUGGAGAUGGUGUUUUUAUAUUAAUCUGCCUAUAGGUGGAGCAGCCAUGGUCGCCAUCUUGCUAUUCCUGCACAUCAAGAGCAAUAAGACGCACCAGGGUACCAUCCUAGAACGAAUCAAGGAGCUCGAUCUUCUUGGAACAGCCAUUCUCAUCCCGGCAAUCGUCUGCCUUAUUCUAGCCUUGCAAUGGGGAGGGGCUGAGUACCCCUGGAAGAGUGCCAAAAUCAUUGGUUUGUUUGUAGGUUUUGGAGGGAUGGCGAUCGUUUUUAUUGCCAUCCAGUUGUGGAAGGGCGACAAGGCAACAUUGCCCCCGAGGUUCUUCACCAACAGGAAUGUCCUGUGCGCUAUGCUCUUUGCCAUGUUCUUUGGUGCUGCAUUCUUCCCCCUGAUUUACUAUUAUGCGCUAUAUUUCCAGGCCGUUCACGGUGACAGUGCUGUGGAGGCUGGUAUCAAGCUCCUGCCGCUUCUCAUUUCAACUGUUUUGAUUAUGGUGCUCUUCACUGUUGGGGCGGGGAUGCUCACAACUCUGGGUCUUCAUCCUCCGUUGCGAGAGUGGUUCGGCUACCAAGUGUUGACAGGUCUUGGAAUCGGAGUUGGCUUCCAAGUAGGCGUCCUCGUCGUGCAAGCCGUUCUUCCCCACGAGGACAUCCCCGUCGCCUCCGCCUGCAUCCAAUUCUUCCAGUCCCUCGGCGGGGCGAUUUUCAUUGCCGUAUCGCAGACGGUCUUCCAGAACGGACUGAUCGACGGCAUAUCGCGGGACGCACCAGGCCUGGAUGCGCAGAUAUUCAUCAACUCGGGCGCAUCGCAGGUCCGCGGCAUCCUCAAGUCGAUGCACAUGGAGCAGUACACCACCGCCGUGCUCAAUGCCUACUGGCAGGGCUUGCGCCAUUCGUUUUUCAUCACUGUGGGAUGUGCCGCUGCGGCGUUUCUGGCGUGUCUGGGCCUGAGCUGGAUCAAUAUUAAGCAGAAGCAGGGCGGAGAGGCUAAUUCAGGGGCUGAGGAGAAGCCGGCAGCAAUCGCUGUGUGA